CGGUCAGUAACUAUGAAACAUAACAUUCAUUUUUGGGACAAAAUGUUUUUGUUAGGGGUGGAUUAUCAAUACAUGAUUGAUAAAUAAAUUACUUAAUUUGUUUCUUUGUAUUACAGAUCUAACUUUGUGAAAUGUGAUUGGGACAGUCACUUCAUAUAAGCUUUUUCUGGUUUUGAUUGUAAAUUAUAAGAAAUUAAAUGUUAACCCCCAUUAAUGCUCUGUAAAUUCAUAUAAAACAGCACUUUGUACACAAUCUCAUCAAAGUUUUUACAUAUUCUUCUGUAAUUCAUCUAUAGAUAUUUUACACGCCCAUGUACAAAACUCACAGGCUGCUCAAUUUCUUUCUUUUUCCUGGUUAUUUUCUGGUCAAUAGAACGCUAUGUUAAUGACAUUGGAUAUGAUUCUUUCGUAUUUUAUUUUAUUUUGAUGUUUGUUUUGUUGUUCCUUGUGUUAAAAAAUUUUGGUUAAGCAAAAUAUUUCUGGUCUUAUUGUCCAAUGCGCUGUGAUUCACGUUUCCUUAUUAUUCUAAUGUCGGACUGACUUGUCAUUUUAUGUCCUUCGACCCUUUCCCUGGAGACUACGGGUCAGGGUGAAGUGCUAGUAACCUCUCCCUUGACCUGCACCGUGCCUUUCUACGUGGCGUAAAGUCACAAAAGGCGGAAGACCAUCGUUUUACCUUUUUUUUGCUACUUCCUGUUUUCUGGAUUUGAACUUUGUACUCGUUUUUUGAUCUUUGCAUUUCUUCUCCAACUCUGUGGACUACUUAAUCGAGCACCCUUUGCAUUUUCGUCCCAUUGCUCCAUUAUUUCACAUUAUUAUUUGACUUAUUGUAUUCUACGAGUGCCUUUCACUGUUUGGUGAAAUGUUUGACGUUGGAUAUGUAUAUUGUGCGAAAGGGGGGACAGGCUUAUUUUGGAUCACUUGUCUACUUUGACAGGCUUAAUUGGCUUGAAUUGACUACUUUUUCCUACGCCCACAUUCCCAAUACAAGUGAAGAGGAGCCCCUUACAUCGGUGGGGCCUACGGUGUGUGCAUUGUUUUGGUUAGCUUACACGACUCUCAUAGGGGAACUAUGAGAUAAUCUGUUUCAGGUACGACCUAUUGACCUGUGACUGCCUGAUCAGUUAUUGCAUCUGGUUCUCAGGGGGGGCUUCCUGACCUUGACUUAGUUCGGGGCUGGCUUGCCUAUACCUUGGCUCCUGGUGUACCCUGCUGUAUCAUAGGCUCCGGUUGGGUUGCUAUUGCCUGAUGCCAUGUUUGACGUGCCACACUAUGCUAGAGGCUCGUUUGGGUUUUUUGCCCUCAGCAGCACACCGGGGGCGGGUCUACCCCGCGGGUAUCCGCCCCUAUUUCACACAUUCCUAAAUGCCAUUGGUUUGCGCCCAGUCAGCCAAGCUUGGAUCUGAUUGGUUGUGAGAGUGUACCUGAUUGGUUGUGAGAGUUUACUUUUAAGUAAAAACACAAGGAAAGCAGACAAAAACGAGGCUGGGUGGAAACAAGAUGCGUCGUAGAAAGAAUGUAAAGAGACGUAGAGUAGAGGUCCCAACCACUACAAACGUGGAGAAAGGUUCUGAGCGAGCACAAGAACCACAAGCUCAGGUCCAAUCCAGUCCAAAUCUCGGGAAAGGUAUCGAACAAGAGCCUGUACAAGAACCACAAGCUCAGGUCCAAUCCAGUCCAAAUCUCGGGAAAGGUAUCGAACAAGAGCCUGUACAAGAACCACAAGCUCAGGUCCAAUCCAGUCCAAAUCUCGGGAAAGGUAUCGAACAAGAGCCUGUACAAGAACCACAAGCUCAGGUCCAAUCCAGUCCAAAUCUCGGGAAAGGUAUCGAACAAGAGCCUGUACAAGAACCACAAGCUCAGGUCCAAUCCAGUCCAAAUCUCAGGAAAGGUAUCGAACAAGAGCCUGUACAAGAACCACAAGCUCAGUCCUGUAUAGGUGGAGACAGGCCAGUUAAUUUCUUACCCACUGAAAAAGUCUUCAUGGUGGAAUCCCUCCUGAAAUCAAGCAAUUUCAGAGAAAAAAGAAGGUAUCGCGUCAGCCUGGAUGAAAUUCAGCGUCGCAUUGGUCCCCCAGAGUUUCUGUCUUUAAAUGGGCUUGUGUCAUAUCUGCGGACAGCAAAAUCCAAUAAAGACUCCCUGAAAGGGGAACUGGAAGCUGCUGGUAUAAUCCCUCCCCCAGUGACCCGUCUCACAUCCAUGUGUUCAAAAUUAACAGAAGAUGAAGCUGAUGACCUAGCUGUGGACCUGGGAAAGCUUGCCAGUAGGCAUAUAGAUUUCCAGUCAGCUGCUGAAACGCAGCAAUCUUCACAGGACAAGGCAACAGAUCUCCUGAAAGCAAAGUCUGUUCAGGAGUUCUUAGGACAAACCAAAAAUGUCUUGGCUCCGUUCAUGAGUCGGUACAACACAGUGACUCAUGGACUGGGGCCAAAGACAUUUGAGGUCUCUGUUCAAAUUCUGGAGGCGUACCUACGUCAAGUCAUACGGCAGCUUACAGAAGAAAGUUAAAGCAAUUGUGCUGUGCAUGCAGCAGUGUUUUGUUUGUUUAGUUGCAGUUAAAAAAAGUGCUAGUCUUUAACAAAAGCUUUUCCACUUGAUAGUUCUUUAUUGUAUUUUGUGUACUUUUUUUCAAAUGUUAACUUUUGUACUACUUUACAAACACAUAAAAAAAAUAAUAAAACAAAACUUUGUCAGUGCUAAUGCUUAACUUUGGAAAUUAAAACCUUUACAAGAGCA